AUGAGCGCCAUUCUUUCGGCAGACGACCUCAACGAUUUUAUUUCGCCAGGUGUCGCGUGUAUAAAGCCUAUAGAGACGCUUCCAGUGCAACAAGCAGAUAACUCGGAUCCAUACGAAGUCACGACCGAAGAGAAAGCCGCUGCAGCAGAACCGCCACCACCCGCUUCAAUAUCGCUUACAGACUGUCUCGCGUGCUCAGGCUGUGUAACGAGUGCAGAGGCAGUACUAGUUUCGCUACAAUCGCAUACCGAGGUCCUCACAACGCUCGAUACCUACCCGUCGUUACGCACACCGUGGCUGGCACAUAAUGGCACAAAUGGAGCAACAAAUGGACAUACCAUUAACGGAGCGACGAAGGGUAUAAAUGGACACAAUGCUCAAGGAAAGCUGUUCGUCGCCAGCAUCUCACCGCAGACUCGCGCAAGUCUGGCGGCCGUCUUCAAUGUUUCCGAGGUUGAAGCCGGAAAUAUGAUUGCGCAGCUCCUCAGUGGACCCUCAGGCUUGAAGUCUGGUGGCCACCAGGGAAGUGACUUCACAUGGGUCAUCGACACCAAUGCCAUGCGCGAAGCCUGCCUCGUAGCGGCGGCGGACGAGGUUACAAAUGCUUUAUCUCCCGAAGCACUCAAGGCAUCUCCAAAGCCUGGCUCGGAGGGCGCAAUAGAUACCACACCGAAAGCACCCAUUCUUACGUCGGCCUGCCCUGGCUGGAUAUGCUACGCCGAGAAGACACACCCAUAUGUCCUUCCACAUCUCUCGCGUCUCAAGUCGCCGCAAGCCCUUACCGGCACAUUAAUCAAGUCAGUACUCAGCGAACAAUACAACGUGCCACCGUCUCAGAUAUGGCAUCUCGCAAUCAUGCCAUGUUUCGACAAGAAACUCGAGGCUAGCCGUGGCGAGCUCACCUCUGCUGCCUGGUUACCUAGCUAUGAUCAAUCUCAGGACAAGAUAAGAGACACCGAUUGUGUCAUCACAGCCCGUGAGCUACUACACCUUGCAGCUGCUCGUGGUAUCAACUUUGCUUCUCUUCCACGAACACCGCUCUCCUCUGCCGAUCGAACACCCUUCCCAGACACAAAGAUCGACGCUUUCCUAUUCCCUCCUUCGCGCCGGAAGAACCAGAGCGUAGCUGCUGGGCCCUCCGGUGGAUAUCUACACCACAUACUACAAACAUACCAAGCUCGGAAUCCGGGAUCCUCGAUAUCAGUCGCAAGAGGGCGCAAUGCCGAUGUGGUGGAGUACUCGGUCGUCCGUGGCUCAGAAACAAUAAUCAAAGCAGCACGAUUCUACGGUUUCAGAAAUAUCCAGAACUUGGUACGGCGACUUAAACCAGCCAAAGCCAGUAGGUUACCGGGCGGCAAGACAGGUGUAAGUAGAAGGCCAGGUGGUGCUACAGUCGCAGGAGAGGGCGUCAAAGACUAUGCUUACGUCGAGGUCAUGGCUUGUCCAGGCGGAUGUACAAACGGCGGUGGCCAAGUCAAGGUUCAGGAAGUAGAAGAAGUACGCGUCUACGAAGGGGUCCAAGAGGCGAAUGAAGAUGCGCCCGCACCGAAGCCAGGACCGAAGGAGCAGAAAGAGUGGCUCGCAAGGGUAGACGAGGCCUACUUCUCGGGCAGCGAUUCGGAAGACGAGGCAAAUGCGCGAACGAAUGGUCACAGUCCCGAGCAUGAUGUCGUUGAUGGUAUAUCGAGAUCGCGCAUGAAGGAUCUCAUGGCACAUUGGGCCGGCAUAACGGCGGUCGAUCAACAGAAGCUGAUAUACACAUCGUAUAUCAAAGUAGAAAGCGAUGUUGGCAAAAAGAAGCAAAGCGAUAUGGAACGUGUUGCUGGAUUGGCCGUGACCGCUGGCGGCGGAUGGUAA